GGAAGUUGUUGGUCUUCGGAGUAGGCCAGAGGAUUACUUCCGGCACAGUAUGGGGACUGCCACUCUCAGGAAUUUUUGCGGCUUUGGUUGGUGAGGGCUAUUUUGGCUCCAGGAGGCGGCGGCGAUGGCUUUAGAAACCGUUCCCAAGGAUUUGCGGCAUCUGCGAGCUUGCCUUCUUUGUUCCUUGGUCAAGACUAUAGACCAAUUUGAGUAUGAUGGCUGUGAUAAUUGCGACUCAUACCUACAGAUGAAAGGUAACCGAGAGAUGGUAUAUGACUGUACAAGCUCUUCUUUUGAUGGGAUCAUUGCAAUGAUGAGCCCGGAGGACAGCUGGGUUUCUAAAUGGCAGCGAGUCAGUACCUUCAAGCCUGGAGUUUAUGCAGUGUCUGUCACUGGCCGCCUGCCUCAAGGAAUUGUUCGGGAGCUGAAGAGCCGAGGUGUGGUCUACAAAUCCAGAGACACAGCAAUAAAGACUUAGUGCCUUUGACCCCUUCAUUGCUGAGGUUUUGGCUGGAGAAUUGCUGGGAUACUACUGAUUUUCUUGCCUAUCUUCAAGCCUUUGAGUGAUGUCAAAGAGCAAGACUAAUUGACUACAGGGACAUUCAAUUCUGGGUUGUUGAAAGAGGGUUGAAUUUAGAAGAUUAUGAAAAUGUUGAGGGGAGGAUGCUGCUUAUCUGAUCAUGAGUGCUAGACUGUUGUGUUGUGUAUGGGUCAGAGGAUAAUAAAAAAAUGUAAACAGUUCAAGUAA